AUGGCCGGCGAACAAACUCACCCUACCAUCAAAGUAGGUGAUCAUGAGGCUUACAUGGAAUACGCCCUCGAGAAGGCACAACUUUCACCUCCAGCAGCCACAAAGUUCUGUGUCGGAGCAGUCCUCAUCGACGGUGACAGUGGCGAGAUCCUGUCCACGGGCUACUCGUUGGAAUUACCCGGCGAUAGACCUGGAGACCCUGGCACGACACACGCCGAGCACUGUUGCCUCAUAAAAAUUGCUGAGAAACACAACGUACCAGAUGACUACGUCGGCAGAGUGUUACCCAAGAAUACGGUUCUCUACACGACAAUGGAACCUUGCAACGAGCGGCUGAGCGGCAACCGAACGUGCGUGGAGAGAAUCCUCGCGCUCAAGGAUUCUAUCAAAUUGGUCUAUGUCGGCAUCACGGAGCCGAAGACGUUCAUCGGCCUCAACCAAGGCAGGAAGCGACUCGAAGAGGCGGGCGUCGAGGUCAGACAGAUUGAGAAGGAAGAGCUUCGUGACCGGAUACUCAAGGCCUCUACAGCGGGACACGAGCAAUAG